AUGCGCCAUUCCCAACAAGACGGCAACAAUUCAACGAAGGAGCUGAUAGAAAUCUUGCGAGGAAUUAACCUACAAUCUAGCCCGGUCGAGCUGGCAAAGCUAUUUACAAAAACCAUCGACGAGCGAAACGCUGCCCGAAGAUGCCUCUCUCUCGCACUAGCAACAAUCCAAGAUCUUGAAACCCACCUUGACGAACACCGAUCGAUCCUUAUGGAAACACAGGCUAUUCUCUCAGAACACGUACGCAGCGAGCAGGGCUAUCUCUCGUUCCUCAUGGCCGCCGAGCCAAGAUGGAUUCUAGACACAUGGAUAUCCCUCCCCGCCAACGAAAAACUACUGGGUGUUGUGGAGUAUAAAUGGAGCCGAGGGGAAACACAACGUGCUUUGAACGAGCUAUGUCUUGUGCGCAAAGGUAUACCAACAUCUGGUAUAGAUUGGAUACUAUGCCUGCUCAUAGAAACCGCUAUCCUUUGCUCAUGUGAUGAACACCUAGCGGCUCAUUCGAAUGCAGAUGAAGCCCUGAUUGCGUGCGAGGCACUGCAUAGGGAAGGUAAUUUUACCGUGGCUCGCGAGCUAAGUGGUAUCGCAAACUUUUUGCAUGGGAAGGUUUUCAUGGCGGAAAAGGAUUGGGACGAGGCGUAUUCGGCUUUUUCGGAAGCUCUUUUCGUUCCUGGGUACCAAAGCAGGGCAAACGAACUGAAAGCUAUUGCAUGCAGAGAGUCUAAUCGAGAGGAACCACAGUCGGAGUCUUCUUCUGAGGAAUCGGAAGACUCUGCUGAUAGUUAA